AUGACACGAAAGCUAUGUUUAAUUGUGGUACUAGCUGCUGCUUUUGCAUGUCGCUGCUUUGGACUCGAAUUUCAGUGCCGCGACAACGAAAAUCGGAUUGUCGAUUGGUUUAUAUUUUAUAAAAUUGGACGUAUCCAAGAAUCGAAUAACGAACUAAUCCGCAACGGUUCCGGGUUUUUUUAUAUGGAUUCCAAUUCUCGAAAAUGGGAACUUCCGGAACUGGGAAUUGAUAAUCCGAAACAAUCAGUUGGCCACACUUUGCAUCAGUAUUAUGAAGUCAAAAACAAUCCAGAGGUUGAUUUUCCCUAA